AUGGAUCUCAUCUUCAUUGAUGAAAAGGGUGCUAAGAUUCAAGGAGGUAUUAAAAGUCAUUUGAUACCUGUUUUUUAUGGACAAAUUCAAGAAGAUGUUGUUAUUCUGUCGAAAUUUGGUGUUGGUGAAAAUAAAGAUUUAUAUAAAGUUGUAGUACAUGACUAUAAAAUCAACUUUUAUCGAUGCACAAAUGUUACACCUGUGAGAGAUUGGCAAGGUGUUGAGUAUGGUUUCAACUUCAGAGCUUAUCAAGAUAUUCUUCAAGGAGAGGCGUUAAAAUCUUUGAGUGUUGAUGUUGCUGGAUCUGUUGCUUGGUGUGGAGAUCUUGAAUUCUUUGGUCGACCUCCAAAAGAAACUAAGAAGAUUACUUUCGAUAUUCAAGACUUGAUUUUUAACGAGUUCAUCUCUAAAACCCCAGCUCAUGAGCAUGUGAUGGUUGUUAUACAGCAUGGAAAGUGUAAGGAAUGGAAAGGUCAAUUUACAGUUCAAAGUGAUAAGUUUGCAACACGAAUGUUUCUGAAUGAAGAAAUCGAUGAAGUUAAUCAACUAAGGAGGAGUCUUAUACUGAAACAUGGACAAGGGAGUGGUUCUACUUCUCAAACAAUACUAUCGUCUCAGACUAUUUUUCCAUUGCAUAAAGAAUUUGUAACAGAUGGUGUGAAGAAACAUGUUGAUGAGAUUAGUGAGAUAGAAAAGGAAAUGUCUUGUGUUGUGGUUGCGACGAUAAAGAUUGUGCAAGAAGAGUAUGGUUGGUUUUAUCAUGCCUGUCGUAAGUGUUUCAAGAAGGUCAUAUCUAAAAGUGAAUACUUACAGAAUGUUGAAAAUGUUUCGGAUGAUAUUCUUCAAAUGCCUGCGACUUCUUUGGUUUGUCCCAAAUGUAGUAGUGAAUGUACAUCCAUCACCACAAAGUUCAAGGUGCAAGUCCGGGUGCAAGAUGAGACUGGUAGUGUUUCUUUUGUUAUGUUUGAUAGAGAUGUUCAGAAGAUUCUUGGAUUAGCUGCAAGUGAUAUAGGAGAAAGGCAGCUGAAGGCGAAUGAUACUGAAUCUUUCCCGCAUGAAAUAUCUCGAUUGGUUGAUAAGAAGGUCGCUUUUAAGAUUGAUGUUUCAGAAUUCAAUCUUAAAAAUGACUAUCAUGUGUAUACUGUGCAAAAAAACAUGUGA